AUGUUAUCAUCACAAUAAGCUUUUUAGAAAUAGUUUGGUAAAUGGACCAAAAUCAUAAUGUCACAUCAAAUUUAAAGAGUUUAAUAAACCUUAUUUAGAAGUCAACAAUAAAUAUUAAGAGUAGAUAAAUUAUAUCAAUUCACUUAGUAAUUGUAAAAUUCUAAUUUUUCAUAACCUUAUCCAUGUUUAAAUGAUAAUAAAUUUAUGGAUGAAUAUGCCUAUAGUGCUUCAUUCUGUUAUCUAACAUAUGGUAUUAAUAAUUAAGAUGUAAUGUACAAAAAACUUAAAGAUCUUUGUAGUAUUUUAACUGAAACAGUCUUAAUGAUUGAUCCAGAUUUUGAUAUAAUGUUUGCAUCAACACAUGAUGUUCACUUAUUUACUGUUUGGCCAGGUUCAUAUUUGGGAUUUGAUUAUAAUCCUUAAAAAAGAAUAUGGUACACUAAUCAUUUAGAGCAAGUAUCCAAAAAUAAUAAAAGUCUAACUUAUUUCUGUGAACCUCAUAUACAUUGGACAUGGAAACUUUUAAUGAUUGUUUAAACUAAAAGUUUACAGGGUAAAAACGGAUCAUUAGAUGCAGUGAUAGGCUCUCAUGUGAAUUUCAGUUAAUUUAAAUAUUAAGAUGAAGGAAUUAGCUUUACAAUAAUAAAUCCAGAUGGAAGAAUUUUACUUAGUGAAUUGAAUAUCUCAGAAACAUCUUAUAUCUAUGAUUAUAAUUUAACUCAUUUAGAUUAUUAAGACUAUUAAUAAAUAAUUAAUUAAGCAAAUAAAAUUGAAACUAUCAAUAAUUGCGAUUCAAAUAUUUGGAAUGAAUUUGGCUAUUUAUGUAGAAAAACACACAAUUUCACUUAAGAGGAACUUAUCAAUACUAAAAUUAUGGAAAACGAAGGCUUAAUCUUAAUCAUGUAAGUUAUUUAGUAUAUUUUAUAAGAUAGUGUAAAUUAUCAUAGUAUUAGAAAUCCUUUUAAUUGAUGUUUGACACCUUUUCAAAUCGAAUAUCAUCUAUAUUUUUAGGUACAAUACUUGGUUCUUUUGGAUAUAUGUUUUCCUCUGCUUUAAUUACUAGCAUUAUAAUUAUCAUGUUAUUUAACCCAAUUAUAAAAAUAAUAAAUUAAACUUCUCAAUAUGUAUUUAAGGAGAGUUUUUAUAUGCAACAUAAACUUUAAAAGAAACCACAGAUCCAAUUUAUUUAAAGAUCUAAUUCAUAUUCAUUGAUGGAAAAAUUAUAAACUUCAUUCAAUAAUUUAAUCCAUAAAUCACUUAAUCCAAACAAAUCACUUUUAUGUUUAUAGAUUGAACAAUUUAGAUAUCCUUUGAAAAGAUGGAAAUUAAAAAAAAGAGUAAAAAAAAUAUCAAAAUAAUAUUCUUAAAUACAAAAUAAUCUCUAAAAUGAAGAAAUAACAGAUUAAUAAAUUUAAUUUGUGCAACAACUAAUUAAAUUCGAUCAAUUUUAUUGA